AUGGUGCACUGUGCAUCGGCGUUUCUCUUCGGGACAGCCUAUGCCAUCGACCCAGUGGCGUUCCACAUUCCCAACAAGAGCUUCAUCCGACUCAAUGUUAUGUCUGACUUGGAGGGGUUGAGCCGUCAGGACCUCUUGUCCACAUGGGUUGUAAACAUCUGGACAGGAUUGCAAGCCGAGGUUGGUGAGGUCGGUGAGGUCGGUGGGCGCAAUAACAACUCUUACCCGGCAGCUUCGGCGACGAGGUUGGACCUGGCAGCUUCGGCGACGAGGUUGGACAUACCGCGGCCAAGUUACUUCGACAGCAGUUUAGAUGAGGAGCCGCCAAGACGGUACACCUUAGACUUGGACACGGCCAAGCUGCUUCAAAUUGCUGGCUCAGAACGGCGCUUGAUAGUAUCUUGGACAACUGGUGGGCCAAAGCGAUGGUCGAUUGCUCACAACCUGGCGCUCUCUAUUCGAAAGAACACCCCGGAGCUAGAGCACAGCUUUGUUUUCAUCGCACUAGAUUCGGAUGCCGUCCGACGUGCACAAGACUCAGGCUUCAACGUAGUGUUGAACGAAGGCUCUCAUGAUCUGCAAGAUGAUAUUUGGAAAAUGCGAUGGUUGAUACAGACCACCUGCAUCGCAUUGGGCCUCGAGGUUCUUGUGGUAGAUUCCGAUAUCGUUUUUCUCUCCAACCCAUUCCACCACUUCUACUUCGAUUCAGAUGUAGAGGCCAUGACGGAUCAUUUCUUUCCUGCAGAGCAGCUUUGGGCCACAUGGCUACGACCCGCAGAGCACAUCAACACUGGGUUUCUUUUUGCGCGGCCUUCUCCUCGACUGCUGGCUUUUCUGGUGGAGUUUGUGGACGCGCACUAUCAUGGACACGAGGGCCCCACACUCCGCGACGGAAUGGACCAGCGGGUGUUCAACAAGUUCGUCAUGCAAAAGAUGGAGAAAAGACCGCCUGAGGUCAUAACCCGCUAUGAGAACAUCACCUUUCCAGCCUUGGACUGGCAAGGCAAGACGGAUCGCUUCACCCCAAGAGAGACAUGGGACUUGCCGAUCGGGUCUGGAGAGAGCAUUACGCUGCGCAUUCUGGAUCCUGUGUGUAUUUCGCAUGGCAUGAACUACUUCUGGCGCAAGGCAUACAAGUUGAAGAGUUGUGCCGGACGCCAGCAGCCUCCGGCCGUUGUUCACGUCAAUGGCGUCGACCCCAAGAUGUAUUUUCUUCGUGACAGAAAUUUGUGGUACAUUGACGACUGGGAGGACAGGUUCAAUGACUCCACCUCCUUCCUUGUAUACCAUCAUCCGAGGGGUCUGAACUUGUCCGCAGAUUUCGAGGUGUUGAUUGCUGCUCUGGAGGUUGGGGCAUACUUGCGUCGACGCGUCGUGCUGCCGGACACCAUGAACUGUGCCAACAGCCCUGCCUACAAGAUUUACAACUUGAGCGAAACGAUGGUGGACGAGCCAGGCUGCACAUACGAUUACUUUGCCCAUGCAAAUGGUCUCUACGAGGUGUACUCCCGUGUGAAGCCCUAUGCUGUCGAGGCGGGCAUCAGUCGAGAGCCCCGUUUUCUGGACUUGCCCGUGAUGCAGCUGAACAUGGAGCUCGAGACCCAGACUGGCCGACUGCGGGAAGAGAUCCUCGCAGCGCAUGCAGAGCGGAGGGCCGCAUUUGGAAGUCUUUCUGCACGGGUUCUGGAGGUCGAGGACGUGAUCUUGCUACGCGACGGACUGCGUAGUGGACGAUUUGGACUCCGAAUGAAUGCUGAACACGUCUUCAGCUGUGCAUACCAAGAACCGCUUAUUGGAGCUAUGGCAUGCCUUGAUGAACCAUACGUGGAAGAGUUUGGCAAAGAGGCGAUGUGCGAAGCGCAGAGCUUUGUUCGAGGAUGUGGGCCAGUGGGAAUCUGUUGCUGCUGGCCGUUUUGGGGCUGGGGCGAGAAGCUGCAGUACUUCACAGGAGUAAGAUGGGAUUUGCCAUGCAACUGUGGCGUCUCUGUGUGUGAAAGAUUCAGUCGCAGCCUGGAGACUGGCAGUGAAAACUGCUGCCGCCAUGCUGGAAGUACAUCCAUCUUUCCGGUGACAGAUCCUGGAGUCUUCUAUUGCGAAACCAACAGCAGUUGGUCAGGACCAACUGGAGCCGAGGACAGCAACACUUAUACCUCGCAAGCGCUCAUCGAAUUCGCCGCGAACAAGCGCACAGUGCAGCAAAGUUUCCAGACCUGCAGUCUGGAUCGCUUGCUCCGCAGGGGCGAUGCCUUUCAGGAGACAUCGCUGCGGGAGUGCAAUCUUCAGUUCAGCUCCUAUCUUCUGAGACGCUUCAAGUGGAAGCAGCUGCACACAUGGCUAGACUGGGUCUUCGAGCAGCGCAGAUCCCUUGGGAAUUCGUCUCGGUUGAUCGCUAGCAUGGACGGCGGUGUUGUGACGGACAAUACAGGCUUCUCCCUCGGGAAGCUGGCCCAUGACACGGAGCAGCUUGAGUACAUCAUCUCACUAGGUGUCCAACAGGAGGAGCUGCACCAGGCAGCUUCUGGCUUCCGAAGCCUGCUGGAGCUCUUCGCCGAGCUUCAGCAAGGAGUGCCCGUGCGCAUGGAAGUGGAGAGGCAAUUUGCUGAGGUGCGGCCAUUCUUCAACCGAGCAUUGCAUUUGCCGGACCUUGACGAAGCUCUCGGUGCGAUUCCCGAGUUGCUGCACGCGGCUGCUGACUGGGAAGGUGCAGAGUUGGACGUUCGCAAUGGAGGCGUAGCCGUAGUCCAUGGCGCACUAUUGCCUUCAGCUCGGCGUUUGGUUCACAGGUGGCUUCUCGAGUCGACUAUUUGGUAUCAAUCGCUGCAGAAUGGGGAAAUACACAAAGCCCAGUUGCGCGAUGGUCUCCAUCAUGCUGUUGGCAUGCGUUUGGUCCACGAGGUACAAGGGAGAAUACCAGCAUUGGACACAUUGCCGAUUCUGGACAUAAUGAGUUACAGGCACUCGGAGAAGAGCCCCGGCCUUCCCUGGCACUGUUUGGAUGGCAUUGUGGUGGCCAUGGUUUGGUUUGGCGACACCUUGAACAGCUCAGUUGGCUUUUUGGGGACGAGCUCUUCAAAGGACUAUUGUAGCGGCGAUCGUGUAGGGCCCGCACCCGCUUUGACGCUGGAGAGAUUCCUGCAGCAGCGGAAGCCGCCUCAGGGCGAAGCCUCCGUCGUUUGCCAGGAGGGUUGUUUGCUCCUGUGGCGAUCAUCUCGUGCAGUGCGCACACUUCACGCGCGAAAGGCAGACAAGGAAGCAAACACAUUUGCGUCCCGGCCAGUCGAGCUUUUGAUGCUGUUUGGCAGUAAUUAUGCACAUGAUGCUGGAGCCAGCGCAGAGUUCGCACCCUCGUUCGAGGGAAGGGUGGACUCUUGGGGAGGACACUAUUAUGCCAGUGACCACGAUCAUCGAUGA